AUGGCAUCUCCCGCCCGCUCGUCCGCGCCGGGGAUCCGCCCGCUACCGGAAUCGCCCAAGGAGAGCGCCAUUUCUAGGCUUCUCAUCACACCGCUCGCGUUCCUCUCGUUCAUCCUCUCCCUCGCGCUCGUCGACUCGCGCAACCACUCCCUGCGCACGCACUCGCACUCGCCGUCGCGCGCGCCCCCGACAACGCUGCUCGGCCGCGUGCGGUUCCUGCUUCACGGCCUCAUCUUCAAGGAGGUGAGUGGGGGUCCCUAUUCGUAUGUCAGGUCGCCGGAUGCUCGGGAGAAGGAGAAGGAGAAGGGGAGUCCUGGGGCUGGGGAUCGGGGUGCGAAUGGGAAGGGCAGGAAGAAGGGAAAGGAGGAGCCGUGGCAUUGGCAUACGAAGCAGCGGAAGAUGAUGCGGGCGGAGAUGGAGGACGCGUUCAAGCUCCGGAAGUGGGUGGUGGUGUUCCUGGUGGUGGCCGCUGUGCAGGCUGUCGUUGGGGUGCUGCUGGUGUGUAGGUGGUUGAUGGGUGUGCGGACGAGGUGGGUGCUGAAGGAUGGAGGGCUUGCGAUGGGAGAGCUAUAA